GCGCAAGCGCCCUGGGCAUGUGCCCACGGAAACUAUAAGUCCCGAAAUGCCUUGCGCUAAACUUGGCGGCUGCGGCCUGGAGCGCCGCCUAAGGGAAAGGUCGGAUUGCAAGCGGACCAGGAUUCGGACGAGGUUGUGUUGUUCGCCGGAAGCGGUACCCCAACCCUGAGCUGCUGAGUCCACGGCAUUCCUGCGGGGGAGGGGAGGAAGGACCUAAGCCUCAGCGCCCCAGAGGACCUCAGGGAGCCCUUUUGCCUGAAUUAGACUCUCCCCCGACUCAGAUGCCGCUUGCCUUGACUGUCUUAUUGACCUAAACAUAGUCAUCACUAGGCGCCUACUGUGCACCGAGCAUAGUGCAGGGAGUUGGGAACCUUGCAGGAACCAUACCGACCCGGCCUGACUAUAGAGGGAUGAGGGUCAGACUUUUGGAUAAUAGAUGUGAAUGAAUGCACACUAAUGGAUGUCUAAUCACAGAAAUAAACGCUCCAAAAAAAAAAAAAAAAUCAACAAGGGAGAGGGAGAAGUGGGAGGCGGAGGCCCAGGAAGAAAAAAUCCACGAAAAGCUUGGUUAGGGAGGAGUCGCUGGUUUUUGCCCGGGAACCAGCCUGUAAGAACCUGAGGCAGGAAGGAGCUAGGCUCUGCCCUUAAGGAUCCUCAAGGGUAGCCAGAAUAGCAGAAGCUCCGAAAGAUAACAAACUGGGCCAAGUUAAAAGAUUUGUGAUUUUAUUCUGCCGGUGACUGGGAACUGUUGGAGGGGUGUUAAACGAGAGGUUGGACAGGAUUUGUAUUGUAACAAGUCACCUCCCCACUCCCUCGACUUCCUUGGGGAAAGUGUUCUAAAGGGCAAGAGAAGCUGUGGAAAACCAGAGAGGAGGCCAGGCACUCGUCAUGGAGAAUUACCUUGUCCAGAGAGCCCUGCUUCAAACACCUUCCUCUAGGAGGCUGAGGAGCCAAACAAAGACGACUGCCAGGCGUUGUUCUAAUAGAGCCAGGUCUGUUGACAGAUUGGCCCAUGUUCAAGCCAGUGGACACUUGGAGGAACAGACACCCCGGACUCUGCUGAAGAACAUCUUACUAACUGCCCCAGAAUCUUCCAUCCUAAUGCCAGAGUCAGUGGUGAAGCCAGUGCUGGCACCGCAGGUGGUCCAGGCUUCCAGACGGGAAAGCGGUCGGGGCAGCCUGGAGUUGCAGCUUCCUGAACUUGAGCCCCCCACAACCCUGGCUCCAGGUCUGCUGGCUCUUGGCAGAAGGAAGCAGAGACUGAGGUUGUCAGUGUUUCAGCAAGGAGUGGACUUGGGACUGCCUCCCUCCCAAGAGCCUCAUGGGAAUGCUGAUGCGUCUUCCCUCACCAGCUCCCUCGACUUGACCUUCGCCACACCUCUGCAAACACAAUCAGUGAAGAGGCCUGGUUUGGCCCGCAGACCUCCUACCCGCCGAGCUGUAGAUGUGGGUACACUUUUGCAGGAUCUGCGAGAUACUUCCCUGGCCUUGGCUCCUCCAGACACAGUGUUGGAGGACACCCAGCCCUUCUCCCAGCCCUUGGUUGGCCGUUCCCCCAGUGUGCACCACUCCCUGCCUUGCCGCUCUCACUCUGGGGCUAAAGAUGUGGAGAGGGCUGCCAGUCGCAGGACAUGGAGCAGUGGGCUUGGGCUGCAGAACAACGGUGCUGGGAAAGCAGCCCAGCUUCUGGCAGGAAAGGUGGAGGAGGUUGAUGCCCUUGCUAUGGGCUUUCCGAACAUCAGCAGUAAUAUCUCUGGAGAAGGUGGAGUAGAGCCCUUACAGAAUGGAGUAGGUGAGGAGGCAGAGGAAAGAAUGGAAGAAAGCUUGAGGGAAGUGGAGAAGGCAGCAGAAGCACAAGGAUCCGCCAGAGCAGAAGAGCUUCAAGGACACAUAGAAGUGACCGAAGCAGAGGGAUCCUGGGGGGCUGUCGAGGCCAAGGAGCCAGAAGGAUCUUCAGGGGAUGAAGACACCUCUGGUAGAACAGCAAGCCCAGAGUUGGCCUCCAGCACCCCAGAGUUCCUUCGGGCCAGGCGACUUCAGUUUCUUGAGCCAGCUCCACCGCCUAGCACUGCAGUGUUACCUUCAGAGCCUCCGGAGCCUCUGUCGGCCAGGCUUCCUCCCAAGCCCCGAAUCCCUGGCUCCAGACCCCGUCAAGAUCCCUACAAGACUGGACUGAACCACUAUGCGAAACUCUUUAGCUUCUAUGCUAAGAUGCCUAUGGAGAAGAAGGCUGUGGAAAUGGUGGAGAAGUGCCUGGACAAGUAUUUCCAGCAUCUUUGUGACGACCUGGAGGUAUUUGCUGCUCAUGCUGGUCGCAAGACUGUGAGGCCAGAGGACCUGGAGCUGCUGAUGCGAAGGCAGGGCCUGGUCAGUGACCAAGUCUCCCUGCAUGUGCUCGUGGAGCGGCACCUGCCCCUGGAGUACCGACAGCAGCUCAUCCCUUGUGCAUUCAGUGGCAACACUGUCUUCCCUGCCCAGUAGUGGCCAGGCCUCAACACCUGCCCUGUCCCUACCUGGGGCCCCUUGGCCCCACAUACACUUCUAGGUUUCCUCCCUGCCCCCCAGCAUCAAUAAAAUGUCACAAACAGAA